UCCAGCUCACAGUGGCCGGCCUAUGUAAACCCACCACCCCUGGAGUUUAGCGUCACUCACCAGAGCACCACCUCCAAGACCUCAGCCAUGAAACUUGUGGCUCUUGCACUGACCCUCCUCUUGGCCUUGGGCUCCCAUGCUCGUACCUUGCAGGCAGAUGCUCCCUCUCAACUGGAGUACUACAAGGCAGCUGCUAUGGUUUACCUGGACCAGGUGAAAGCCCACGCCUCCAAAGCCCUGGAGCACCUGGAAGGAACUGAGUAUGACCAGUACAAACAGAAGCUGACCGAGAGCCUGGACAAACUCCAGCAGUACGCUGAGACCACCUCCCACUCCCUGAGCCCAUACACCACCCAUCUCAUGGACAGUGCCAAGCAGGUGCAUGAGCACAUUGUGUCUGAGCUGGAGAAUCUGCAUUCCAAACUGGUGCCCAUUGCCAAUGAGUACAAGGAGCAUGUACUGAAGGCUGUGGAGGACGUGAAGGAGAAUCUGGCCUCCCACACCGCUGAGCUGCAUGGACAUGUGGAGCCCUUCCUGAAGGCCAGGAAGUGCCAGCUGAUAUCCUACUAUGUCUACCUUGCCCAUGCUAUUGAUGACAUGCUAUCAAAAUACAUCUAGAAGAACUGCAUUUUCAUUCAUAUGCACACCGAAUCCACACCUCAGAUUCAUAUGCUUGGGAUUAACACUGUAUGUCGGCCACAACAUUCACUUAUAAUGUGACGAUGCAAAAUAAAUAAAAAAACGAACAUAAAA